AUGUCUGUAAUUGGAGAAGCAGCUGCUAUCGUCGGCAUCACUGAUGUUGCUGUAAAAAGCAUCAGAGGCCUCUACGACUUUCUCCGAGCCAUCAACGAUGCCCCCGGAGAUAUCGCACUUCUUCGCGUCCAUGUAAAGUAUAUAAAAGAUAAGCUUUCAGACUUGGAGUUUUUGUCCGGAGCCGACGCUAGAACGGUCGAUGAAAUCAAAGAGACUGGCAUUGCGACGGUGAUCAACGACUGCGGGACGCAAUGCGACGAGUUCGAGAAGCUCGUGGGGACGUGGAUCAAGCAUGACGAAAAGAGCUGGCGAGAUAAAAUUCGAGUAGCGUUGAACCAGUCUAGGAUACAAAAGUACAAAGCGGUGUUGUGGUCAGCGGCAAGAGAACUGGACUCGGCGGUGGGCAUCCUGAAUCUAAGAAUCAACGUGUCGAAUCGAUCGCCGGAACAGCAGGCUGCUUCGAUGAACCAGCUGAAGGAAGAAAUGGUAUUGUGGGCAGUUGAGGCCGAUGCAAGGCGCAAUAGCGUGCCGCCGCCUUUAGUUAGAAUCGCUCAGUCCGACGAAGACGAGGCCGAGUGCGUACGAAAGGAGUUGGAAGCGGGUGAUACCACGCUGGAAGAGUUCAUAAAACGCUGCAAGGCUACAGCGGCUGCUCUCCAAGCGACCAGAUUGGACCAGCAGAUCGGGAUGAUUCAGACUGGUGAAGAAGCCUUCGCACAGGUGGGAAUGCCGAAAGAGUCGGUGGAGAAGGUGAGCCGGCAGCACAUCUUAGACGUGAUAACGGAAAAGAAAGGCAAGUCUCAGAUUGGGAUCUGGUAG